AUGGGUAUCCUCGACGCGGAACAAACCGACAGCGCCACCUGCGUCGUGCUCGGUCGCCACGGAUCCUCCACCCCCGUCAUGGGAGCCGGCCCCGGACCGGACAGGACGGCGGUGGCGACCAUCCACGGCGACGGCGUGGUGGUUUACGACUGCGACGCGCAGACGAAGACGCGGUCGUGGGCGGUGGGCCGGGGCCACGCCUUGGCCGCGCCGGCGGUGUUCGACCGGGGUUGCGGACGAUACUUCGCCGCGCUCCUGCCGCCGGGCGAGACGGAUCCCGCGCUGGUGACCUGGACCGACGCCGAUCCCAUCGCCUCCCUCGACCAGGCGGUGGACUCGAGCUCCACCAGGCUGCCCGACGGGAUCGCGGCUCUCGUCGCGGUGGGCGAAGGAAACGACGGCGGCGUGAUCGUCGUGGACGUGGGCGGCGGCGCGCGCUGGUUCGGCGCGGACGCCAGGAAGCUCGCCGCCUCCGCGCCCCCCGGGGAGGGCGGCGGGGAUGACGACAAGAAGAAGAAGACAAAAACCGGCUCGGCUUCGGCGAAGAGGGUCGCGGAGACCUGCGGCGAGGCCAACGGCGGUGGCGGCGUCGUCGUCGUCACCGCGGACCGAUCGAACGUCGAUGUGCGCACCGUCACCCUGUACAAGGUGGCGGGCGGCGAACACAGCGGGCGGAGCGUGAAGACGGCGUGGGAAUUCGAAGUGAGCGUGCCGGAGGGUGCGACCAGAGCCGUAGCCGUCGCCGGCAGCGACGACGACGCGUGCGUCAUGUGGUCCAACGGCGUGUGGCGCGCGUACACCAGCCACGACGACGAGAGCAGGAUGAGGACGCUGGUCACGGCCGGCGGCGCGAACGAGACCCCGGGCGUCGGCGGCGGCGGCGCGGCGGGCAAGAGGGCCGGGGGCAAGCGCGGCGCGGCGGCGUCGGCGGACAAUAAAGUUGCGGUUCUGCCCGCCGCCUCCAUGGCGUCCCUCGGGGGUGGGUUCUACGCUGUGGCGCAGGUGGGUCCCGGAUGUGGCGGCGGCGCGCGCAUCGCGGUGCUCGAUUCCAAGUACGGGUGCGUCCACUCGUGCGCCGAGACGCACCCACAGGGGUCCUCCGGCGGCGUAGAAACCGGCGUGAAGAUCGCGGCUCUGCCCGACGCCGACGGCGACCGCCGGCUCGUCGUGGCCAUCGCCGGCGAGGUGGUCCUCGCCGAGGUUGCCGUCCCCGGCCGCACCGUCACCCUCCUCGACGUGCUGGGCAGGUUGAACCUCGCGGCGGGUCCCGACGGUCCCGCGGGUCCGGCGAUCAAGGUGCUCGGGAUGGCAAACGCGAGGGAGGCUUCCAAACCUCCGCAGUACUCCAUCUACACGCCCAAGUUCCCCAAACCGACGCCCCGGCCGACGGACCCGAACGCGCCCCCGCUCGACGCGAUGAUCGACCUCGGGGAUCCCGUGGAGAACGGGUGGUGGGGCCCCGACCCGGCCGCCGAGAAGAUGGCCGAGGACGCGGUGAACAAAUUUUACGCGUUCGACGACGAACCCCUCACCGCGACGGAAGCGGCGGAGAUGCUGAACCGGUUCAAGACGGUCGAACACGUCGACAUCCCCCCCGCCGUGCUCGCCGCCGGCAUCGAGGGAUGUCUCCGUCGCAAGUUGUGGGCGCCGCUGAGAAACCUCGUCGACGAGGGGUACCUGACCCACUCGUGCCAGGCGCCCGGGUUGGCGAAACGGCUCGUCGCCGCCGGCCGUUUCGCCGACCUCGACGCGUUCCUCCGCCUUGCGCACGACGUCGACGGCGCCGACAUCCGCGCCUGCCUCGAGGCGUUCCUCGACGACGAAGGCGUGGCCGUGCCGGCGAAGGCGAUCGAGGAGGUUGCGACGCGUCAGGUGAAGUUCGCGAACGACGCCGUGGUCGAGGCGGAGCGCACCGCCAAAGCGGCGAGAACCGCCAAGGACAGGCACGCGCUCUCCGCCGCGUCCGCCGCCAAGGUGGCGCUUCACCGCGCGCGCAUCGCCACCGCCGCCGUCGAAGCCUUCGACGGCAUGCCCCGCGCGCCCUUGCUCCACGCCCUGUGCGCGCGGCCCCUGUGCCCCGAGUACGCGACGGAGGCGUUGCCAGACUUGCCCCCCGCGUCUGCCACUCGACUGGUGCGGUACCUGUCCGUCUGGCUCGACGCCUACUCGGGCGGCGACGGUAAAGACGACGCGACCGAGAGCCCCGUGGACGCGGCGACGACACCGCCGGAGGGGCUUCCCGCGUUGCGCGAGGUGGUGGCGUGGGCGGGAGCCGUCAUCGACGCGCACUUCACCGCGUUCGCGAUGAACAGAGGAUCCGCGGACGACACAGCUGGCGGCGACGACGAGGACUCGGAUGCGAUGGCGACGCUCAGGCGCGCGGCGGCGAGGCUUCAGGCUGGGUGCGCCAGCGUGGGGCGCGUCAACGGGGCGCUCGUCCACGUCAGGGACGGCGCGCCGCUUCCCGAGAAUCAGGGCGUGCAGUCCAGCACGUACUCCAUCGAGCUGGUGGACUGGUAG